AUGCAGGUCACUCGGGAUAAGUUUCCCGCCGUACUUCCCAAGUUUGUGGAGCUCCUGAAAAGUUGCGACUUUUACGCCUUUGAUGAGGAGAUGACGGGAAUCAGCACGGCAGAAUUGCCAGAAUCCAUCACAGAUACCCCCGAGGAGAGUUACCGCGCCAAGCGUACAGUCGCCAGUCGUUAUAACAUCAUUCAAGUUGGAAUAUGUUUAUUUCACAGGGAGAACACGGCGGCAGACUCCACUCCGGCACAUUAUGUCGCUCGGCCCUUUAACUUUGUUCUCUUUCCUCACAACUCCGAUGAAUUUAACGCCAAUGAACGAUCCAGGGAUGUGGUUUUAAGCCCAUCGUCCCUCGCGUUUCUUCGCCGACACGAUAUGAACUUCCAGUCGUGGGUGUAUCAGGGCAUGGCGUACUGUGACGCAAAUCAAGAGGAGGCAUUGCGUCAAAGACAUGAGGAAAAGUAUCGGGAGCUCGACAGCAUUCGUAACGAAGGCAAUCAAGAAGUAGAGGGAGUAAGUCUCUUGACGGAAGAGGAGAAGAAAUGGUACGAUAACGCCGUGACAUUGGCAAAGACCUUCUCUGAACGGAUCCAAGCAACGUUGGAACAGGCAAAGGUAAAGAAUGCCGGGCAGACGGCAGGAAUGGCAGAAGUUUCUGCAGCAUUGGAUCUCAUUCAGUCCGGCGGACGAGAAGUGUUUCUUCCACCUCAGCGAAGUAAAAGUGCCCGCGAGGCACUUGAGCGGCAUGUAGAGCAGCAUUUUCACAAUCUUUUACUCACAUUUCGACGACAAGGUGCGGUGCAUAUGGGAAUGCUGCGGGCAGUUUUUCCUGAAGAGCGCAAUCGAUUACGUGAAAAGGAGCAGGUUUUUCGAGAAGGAGAACUGAUGAACAUGUUGGGAUUUCGCCUAGUAUUUAAUGCGCUUGUUGAGAGCCGAAAACCCUGCGUUGGUCACAACUGCCUUGCGGACCUCCUCUUUUUGCUUGCGAGUCUGGAUGGUCCAUUACCAGACUCACUGCCCAAAUUUAAACGCCGUAUGAACGAAUUAUUUCCCAUUGUCUUUGACACGAAAUACAUUGCAAGCCGUCAGCAGUUUUUCCCAUUGGAGCGAUUUGGAGCCCGUUACUUGAGCGGUUUAUUUGGAGAGUAUGGAUUUCGUUCCGCAAAUGCGCAUGUGACGCUUCCGCUGGGUUUUGAAUCCUACGAUCCCCUUGCGGUUGGAGGCGGUGAACGUCAUCACAGUUCCGGUGUGAAUGCUGGCGGUCCUACCCAUGAAGCCGGGUACGAUGCUCUUUUGACAGGGACGCUGUUGCUUAAUCUUCUUGCAGAGAUGGGAGGUUAUGACGUGGCGACUGCUCCGGAGUGUGUUGUGAAUCGCGUGGCUGUUUUCCGCUCACUUUUCGCUCUCAAUCUUGGUGCCCCCGAUGAGGAUGAAUAUCUUCCAGAGAGCGGUGUAUUGGAGCUGCGACAUGAGAAGCGUGUGAAGCUUCAUCACAUCGACUCCUGCUUCACGGCACUAUCGUUACAAAAUAUCGAGCUUCACCCCGUCGAUGAGACACGGACGUUGGCCGUUCUUCCCUCCACGUGGUCUAAGAUGGAGUCGGUUGAAGAGCGGAAUCCGGGUUGGUUAUCUACACACAUGACAUCGCGUUUCCCGCAGUUUUUUGAGGCCUCUGUUUAUCAACCCACACGUGCCUGUUUGGGCGCAAAUGGCGCUUUUCACACGACAUCACGUGCUCUUAUGCGUAUCAUUCUGAGAUCCGCUAUGCGAUGA